UUGGUUUCCUUCAAUUUUCUACCAUGGUGAAUGCCGCUGCCGUCCAGGCAUCGCCCUCCUCAUCAACUCCCCUUCCGUCUGGCUGGGAGCAGUCUCGCACGGACGAGGGUCUUCCGUACUUUGUCGACCACAACAAUGGCACAACCGAGUGGACCGAUCCCCGUAUCGACUUCAAGUUCAAGCACGAGGAGUACAAGAACAUUCGCUUUGCCGCCUACCGCGCUGUGAUCAAGCUGCGCCACGUCCAGAUGCACACCUCGUUGCGCAAGCUGUCCUUCCGCAACCUGCUCGAUGCCAUCCACAACUCGAUGCUUGCUGGCCGCAAUGAUACCUUCACCUCUGGCGAGAUGCUGCGCUGCUUGACAUUUGCCUUUGAGCUUGCUUCGAUCAGCGAGCCCAAGGAGUGCGCUACACAUGCAGUUCACUGGCUGCUGUGCGUCUAUGACCGCCUGCGCACUGGCGCCAUCAGCGCCUUUGACUUUAAGAUUGGCACCAGCACCCUGGUGUCUGGUCAGCUGGCUGACAAGUUCCGCUACGCCUUCAGCCUCGUCGACUCUGACAACGACGGCAUGAUCAGCCAGACACAGCUCGCCCAGUACAUUGUGUCGCUCGCCAAGAUUGUUGUUGAUCUUGCCGAGAUGAGCGCCGACCUCGACACUUCCGAGGAGGGCAUCAACAAGACGGUCACUGCUUGCUUUGAUGCCGCACACGCCCAGAAGGACAACAAGCUCCCUCUGAAGGCGUUCAUGCACUGGAUGCUCGCUGACCAGUCGGUCAUUGUCUUUGUGCCGCUUCUCGCUCGCUUCAACUAUGCCGAGUCUGUGGUGCACAACGCUCGCUGCAAGGUCUGCGGCCGCAACCCCAUCGUUGGUCUGCGCUACCGAUGCCUCAAGUGCUUUGGCUUUGACGUGUGCCAGACUUGCUUCUUGAGCGGUCGCGAGGCCCAGAAGCACAAGGUCAACCACCCUCUGCUCGAGUACUGCUACCCCGAAAAGAACGCUCUGAACGUCUUUGGCAACCGCCUCAAGAACGUUGGCAAGAAGUGGGACUGGCAGCUCCCCGCAUCCGGAGACUACAUUAGCCAGUCGAGCGACAUUGACUUGCUCAUUGCUCGUGAGCGCAUGCAAGCCACCGAGCUGGCAGCGCUGCCCAAGAAGGGCGUCGAUGUCACCGAGGGCGGCGACGACAGCAACAUGCGCGCCAUGACUGCUGCCGAAGACCAAGAGACGCACGUUCUCAUCGGCCGUCUUGCCAACCGCCUCGGUGCGUUGGGUGCCGAGGGCGAGGUUGCUCCCGCCACUGUUCAGGCUGGUCCUACCAUCAUUCACCAGCACAUUAUUCAACAAGCGCCGCCUGGUUCGGGCUCGCCCCGCUACGACAUUGGCGUCCAAGCGACCGAGUUCUUGGACGCUGGCACGCAAACCGACUUUUUGGCCGAGCCCCGUCGCGUUGCUUUCGAUGCCGACGAGAUGGAUGGCGCUGUCAUGUACGCUGCUGGCGCUGGCGGCCUGCAGGUGAAGAACGCCGUCACCCCAAUCUCCCCCAACUCAUCGGUCAAGCCGUUGGACUCGACUGCUGGUGCUGGCAACGUGUACAACGACCCCAACUAUGCCGCCCUUGCUGGUCAAGCUGCGAUGGCCCGCCCGGCCGUUGUCGCUUCGGUGCCGCAUCAAGAGUCUGUUUCGGACUCUACGGUGGAAGAGUACCUCGCACAAGCCGGCCUUGUUGGCGCCGCUGGCUCCACGCUCACUGCCGGCAAGUCGAUCAAGCGCAAGUCGACCCUCAACCGCCAAAACCCCAACGGCCUUAUCGAGCCUUCCGAGCUCGAGUUGUUGGCCGAGGAGGAGCUGCUUGCGGCCUCUGCCGAUCUUGAGGCUGUUGUCAAGCACCUCAACGCCGUCGACGACUACGAAGAGCCCGGCUUUGGUGAGCAGCUGCUCCAAGCCGCUCGCGCCAUUGCCGAGUCGACCUCGAUGCUUGUCAGCCAGGCUGCAUCGACUCGCCGCACCAAUGUCGGCUGGUCGGAGGAUGUUGCCGACAAGGCCAAGGCCAUGCACACUGCUGCCGCACAGCUUGCCGAGCAGAUCAAGACCGACGCCGAGGGUGGUCAAGUGUCUGAGGAGCAGCUCAUCGCCACCGCCAAGGCUGUCGAGGCUGCCUCUGACGCUCUUCUCCAAGUUGUUGACAACGAGGAUGAGACCAAGUUUACUCCCAUGGCCAAGGAGGCCAAGUCGACGCUUCGCAAGGCCCGCGUUCAAUUCGACGAGCUUGUCGAUUUUGCCGAGACUGAGGCUCAGGCAGACGAUGACGAUGAUGGCACCACCAUCUCUGUCUCUGGCGAGAACAACGACGAGUUUGGUCCUCUGUCUGGCCUCCGUCAGAAGGGUGGCUCGUUCACUCAGCGCUUGACACUCAAGCGCCAGUCGAUUCAAGACAAGGCUGUGGCCGAUCGCUGGCUGCGUAUCAUGUUCGCCAUCGAGGAGGAGGCCGGCAUGGAUGUCCCCGGAGUCACCGAGGACAACGUGCUGAACGAGAUGCCUCGCCGCCUCAAGGAUGGUGUCCUUGCUUGCCACUUGCUGCGCGCCUUCCUGCCCGACGAAGCUUCGCUUGAGCCCGUCGAGCCAGCACCCGGCACCAGCCUCCCCACCAUUCGCAUCAUGGAGAAUCUCGAAAAGUUCCUCGAAGGCUGCAAGACGCUCGGCGUCCCAGAAAAGUCCAUGUGCAACAUUUACGACAUUAUGGAAGGUCGCCGACCCAUCAAGGUGGUCAACUGCCUCGAGACUGUCAUUGCCCUGGGCAACCAGAAGAAGACCAAGUUCUAAACUUUUUGACCGCAACGUUGUAUUGUGGUUUGCCGCGCUUUCUUGUUUGAGAAAAAUUGCCUUUUUUGUUGUGAUUUGAACGCUGUGGUUGUUGUUUUCCUCAUUGCAUGCAUGUACGUUAGCUUUUGAAAAGCGACGAAAGGCUGUUUUUUUUUUUCUUUCUUUCUUUCCAUCUUUCUUUGUUUGACUGUUAUGACUUUUUUUUUUUUUGUUUUCGUGUUUGUUGUGUGUGCUCGGGAAACGGUGCCUACCGUUGAUCUCCAUAUAAAAGUGUUCAUGGUUAGAAUCCGU